CGCGAAACUUACCGCCGCGGCGCACGCGUCGCGAAAAUGUGCGCAAGCGUAUCGUGAUACGAUUGUUUAUAGUGUGCGUGAAGUGACUGUUGACACCUGUAAAACAGUACAGUUUUAAUUGUAUAGUUACCCCAAAAUGGCGUCACCUUCAAAAAACCGCUUCAAAAGGCAAGCAUGGUGCCGUCGAUUGCUAAGAAAAAGACUGCCCAUUGUGACAUGGCUGCCCCUGUACAACUCAGAUAAGGCUGUGGCCGAUCUUAUAGCGGGCAUAACGGUCGGGCUGACGGUCAUACCCCAGGCGCUGGCUUACGCUACACUCGCCGGCUUAGAGCCGCAGGACGGCCUAUACUCCUCAUUCAUGUGCUGCUUCGUAUACGUGAUCUUUGGCUCCUGUAAAGACAUCACGCUGGGCCCCACCGCUCUCCUGGCAUUAAUGACACACGCUCAAAUACAAGGGACGCCACCGCGGCCAGAAUAUGCCGUGCUACUGUGCUUCUUGACUGGUGUUGUGCAGCUGGUCAUGGGAAUGCUGCAUUUAGGGGUCCUGAUAGACUUCAUAUCGGUGCCGGUCACCGUGGGCUUUACGUCGGCCACGUCGGUCAUUAUCGCCGUAUCGCAGCUGAAAGGACUGCUCGGCCUUAGCUUCAAGUCCGGAGGGUUCCUGACAACCGUCAAAAUGGUGGCAGAAAAUUUACCAAAUGCAAGACUCGCAGACAGCGCCUUAGGAAUAACGUGUAUAAUUAUUUUACUACUAAUGCGUAAAAUGAAAGAUAUUAAAUUAUCAAGAAGCAAGAAGGGCCUAAAGAAGACGCUGUGGCUGUUGUCCACCUCACGGAACGCGAUCGUCGUCAUAGUAUGCUCGUUAAUAUCGUUCGGGUUCGAGUCCCAGCCUUUCCGGAUAACGGGACGGGUAAAAGAAGGCCUCCCAUCCUGGAACCUGCCCCCCUUCAGCACGUUCGCCAAUGGAGACUACGUAUCAUUCAUGGACAUGUGCUCAGAGCUGGGAUCCUCGAUCAUUCUAGUGCCCAUCAUUGGUGUGCUGGGCAAUGUGGCUAUCGCUAAAGCGUUCGCGAGCGGCGAAUCAGUGGACGCAACUCAAGAGUUAUUAACACUGUCUCUGGCCAACAUACUGGGUUCCUUCGUCGGCGCCUUCCCAAUCACGGGUUCAUUCUCGCGCAGUGCCGUCAACCACGCCAGCGGUGUGGCCACACAAGCGGGCAGCCUGUAUACAGGUACCCUGGUGUUGUUGGCGCUAAGUCUGCUCACGCCGUAUUUCUACUACAUCCCGAAGGCGGCGCUGGCCGCGGUUGUGAUAUGUGCUGUGAUAUUUAUGAUAGAGUAUGAGGUGGUGAAGCCAAUGUGGCGAUCCCGUCGCGCUGACCUCGUGCCUGCCUUCGCAACGUUCUGUGUAUGCCUCGUAGUCGGCGUAGAAAUUGGUAUAUUAGUGGGCGUUGUACUGAAUGUAUUACUGCUCCUGUACCCCAGUGCGAGGCCUCAGAUGGACGCAGAAAUAGUCACGAAUGCGUCCGGUCUCAGCUACCUCCUAGUGACAGUCGGCAACAGCCUAUACUUCCCCGGAGUGGAAUACAUCAGGCAAUAUGUGGAGCGAGCCGCUAAGAAGCAGGCUGGGUGCAGAAUGCCUGUGGUUAUUGAUUGCAGAUAUGUGCUCGGUGCUGAUUUCACAGCAGCAAAAGGCAUCUGCGCGCUAUCUAGCUCGCUAGUAUCAAGAGGGCAGCCCCUAGUGUUGCUCUCACCUCGGAGCAACGUUUCAGCUGUGUUCAAAGGAGCAGGGUCCAGUGUGGUCGUCGUCCCUUCUGCCAACGAGUUAGAACGCGCGUUGCAAGAUCUCACCGGGCAAAUAGCCCUGCCCCUACUAAACGGUAAAAAAGAGACGAUCACACCACCACCGUCGUACACCUCCCUACAACUAGAUGACGUCACAGAAAUCAUCACAGAGGACAGAACCCAGACUCCCUUGCUGAAGGUCGAGAGCGCGAAGACGAUCAGUGAUUCCAGUGGGGUCAAUGACACUUGACCAUAUUUUUUAGUGUAGAUAUAUGAUAGACGUUAAACUUUUGUGAGACAUAUUCAAAUAUUUAAUCAAUAUGCGGAGUACGGAGUCACAGUAUUAUAAAGUACUAUCGUACAGUAUGGCCACUCCCGCUCCCCGCUGAAAGUGCCGCCGACUCUCGGCACAGACUAGCCAAAGGCAAAGACGUGGCCUACGAUGGAGUGAGCUCGCCCAGAAGAUGCCAAAAGAGGGUGAACCUUGUUUCACAGUUACCGCCUGUAAAAAACGCGACCAGUCGACCUGUCAUAUCUCACUCAUACAAAGUUUCAAACCGUUAUCAUGUACUUGCGACAACACCUUUAAAUUUCGUUUUCGCUCGAAAAACCGUUAUUUUUAAACCGGUUUUUAGGGGAACGCUUUCAUAAAAGUUUCGUUCGAUUAACCCGUGGAGCCCCAAAUUACAUAGUUACGAUUUAUAGACACCGUGUGUCUAUAGGACGCUCCACGGGUUAACCGAUUUAGAACAAAAUAAACCGGUUUAUUCCUCAGCCUGAUAGGUAAUAAUGUUCUAACCAAACAAAAAAGUCGCUGCGUGAACGUAGGUAUUUGCGCGGCGCCUGUGCGUCUCGCCGCUUGUCGAAUAAAACCGGUUUAUUUCGGUUAAAAUAAAGUUCUCAUAACGUUCGCGUUCUUUACAAAGUUCGGAGUAAAUAGGAAAUAAACCGGUUUUAACCGGUAAAAAAUAAACCGGUUCCGAGCCUUGCA